CGCUGGUCUCGGCGCGCCUGCUGGGCGGCCGGCCGCCCUUGCUGCGCCGCCUUCCUCUUGCGCGAGCGGGGCGGCCGCGGCGGCGGGCUCAUGCGCGAGCGGGGCGGGCGGCGGGGACGCGCUGCUGGGCGCGGAGGAGAAAUUCGCGGCGGCGGGGGAGGUGGUGGCGACGCUGCGGGCGGUGGAGCGGGAGAUGGAGGCGGCGGGCGCUGGUGGUGCUGCUGGAGGGGAACCGGGAGACCGCGGUGGAGGCCGGCGCGGCGUCAGCGGCCGUGGAGGCGGUGGCAGCGUCCGGGCCGCUGGAGCUCAGGGAGUGCAGCGCGCGCGGGCGGCAGGCUCUGGGGCGGUCGCGGCGGGAACGACGGCCUUCACGGCUGCAGGCGCCGGCCUUCACGGUCUUAACGGAACUGGCUAACAAAGCUCACGGAUGUCAAAGUUCGCCCACUUGUGGAAUACGAUUCGAAAUCUUUGGAGGGCGUCCUUCCCGAAAUUCCUUUAUGGGUCAAGAAUCCUGACUAUGAUAGAAUUGAUUGGCUGAAUAGGUUUUUGGAGUUGAUGUGGCCCUUUCUUAACAAGGCUAUCUGCAGAACUGCAGAAGAUAUCGCAAAGCCAAUUAUUGCUGAGAAUACUGCAAAAUAUAAGAUAGACUCUGUUGAGUUUGAAACACUUAGUCUUGGUAGCUUACCGCCCACUUUUCAAGGGAUGAAAGUCUAUGUCACAGAAGAGCAUGAGCUGAUAAUGGAACCAUCUCUUAAAUGGGCUGCAAAUCCAAAUAUCACUGUUGUUGUAAAAGCUUAUGGUUUGAAAGCUACUAUCCAGAUUGUGGAUCUACAAGUCUUUGCCUUGCCUCGUAUUACUCUGAAGCCAUUGGUGCCUACAUUUCCUUGCUUUGCAAAAAUCCUUGUCUCUCUCAUGGAGAAGCCACAUGUUGACUUUGGGCUAAAACUUCUUGGAGCAGAUGUAAUGGCUAUUCCUGGUCUUUACAGAUUUGUUCAGGAGACCAUCAAGAAGCAAGUAGCAAGCAUAUAUUUGUGGCCGAAGACAUUGGAAGUACCUAUUAUGGACCCCUCAAAAGCAUCAAGAAAGCCUGUUGGAAUUCUACUUGUGAACGUUGUAAGAGCCCAAAAUCUGCGAAAGAAGGAUCUGCUAGGUAAAUCAGACCCAUAUGUGAAACUCAAGAUGUCAGAUGACAAGCUUCCAUCCAAAAAAACAACUGUAAAACGCAGCAACCUUACUCCGGAGUGGAACGAAGAUUUCAAAUUUGUUGUGACAGAUCCAGAAACUCAGGCUCUUGAAGUUAAUGUCUUUGACUGGGAACAGGUUGGAAAACAUGAAAAGAUGGGCAUGAACAGGGUCCUAUUGAAAGACCUCCCAGCAGAUGAGAUUAGAGUUACUACCCUCGACUUGCUUAAGACCUUGGAUCAAAAUGAUGUACAAAAUGAGAAGUCUCGUGGUCAGCUUACUCUAGAGCUUACAUACAAGCCUUUCAAAGAAGAAGAUAUGGAGAAAGAAGGCAUAGAGGGUACCGAUGCGAUAGAGAAAGCUCCAGAUGGUACUCCAGCUGGUGGUGGGUUGCUUUAUGUUAUUGUUCAUGAAGCUCAAGAUCUUGAGGGGAAGCACCAUACAAACCCGUAUGCAAAAAUAAUUUUCAAAGGCGAGGAGAAGAAAACAAAGGUCAUCAAGAAGAAUAAGGAUCCACGGUGGGAGGAUGAAUUCGAGUUUUUGUGUGAGGAGCCUCCUGUAAAUGAUAAAAUACAUGUUGAAGUCCUAAGUAAAGCCCCGAAGAAAGGGCUGAUAUAUGGCAAGGAAACUUUGGGCUUCAUUGAUAUCAGCGUUGCAGACGUGAUCAGCAAUAAGCGGAUUAAUGAAAAGUACCAUCUCAUAGACUCAAAAAAUGGUCAAAUCCAAAUUGAGCUGCAGUGGAGAACUUCCUAAAGACAGGGAAGAGACAGAGUGCCUGAAUGUAGUACAGGAAUGAGACAUAUGGAUGUUCCUAUACUCACUUAGCGGAUAUAUGUAACUGAGCUCAUGUAGAUAUUUACUUCGUUUCUAGACAUCUGUCGUUGAUUUUUCCCCCUUAAUUGCUCAAUUUUACAAGUUCCAUUUAGCAUGUUAUUGACCCUGAAAAUGGAACCUGGAACUUAUUGUGACUAAGCAUGCAAAUACACCCGGCUUUCUGGCCUAUUGAGAACGUAAACAUCUGGCAAGCAUGUUGAAUUUUUCUUUGAAA